AUGUCUUCAAUCUCCUUCCCGCGCACAAGAAGCUUCAAAUAAAUGUGUAAGCAGAAAUGCAAUCUAGCCAUAUUUUGAACCCACCAAAUCUAAAUCUAAAUCAAUUUGUCUUAGCAAUCCUUUCCAAAUGCAAUCAUCUCAUUCAUCUCAAACAACUUCAAUCUUUUCUCACAGUUCUUGGCCACUCACAAACCCAAUUCUAUGUCUUCAAACUCCUCCGCUUUUCUAUUCUCAAACUCUCUAACCUUUGCUAUGCUCGCUACGUUUUUGAUCAUGUCUGCUUUCCCAAUAUCUAUCUCUGCACUGCCAUGGUCACUGCCUAUGCCUCCAAGCUUGAUCACCUUUCCGCCUUCGAAAUUUAUCGCAACAUGGUUCGUCGAAGACACCCUAAACCCAACCAUUUUAUCUUCCCCCACGUCUUGAAAUCCUGUCAAACGAUGAAAUUGGUGCAUGCCCAGAUAGCUAAAUCGGGUUUUGGACAAUACCCAGUUGUGCAAACUGCUCUUGUUGAUUCGUAUUCCAGGUCUUCAUCUGACAUUGGAUUUGCAAGGCAGCUGUUCGAUGAAAUGUCUGAAAAGAAUGUUGUGUCUUGGACUGCUAUGAUUUCUGGGUAUACUAGAGUUGGCCAGAUUGGAAAUGCUAUUUCUCUUUUUGACCAAAUGCCUGAAAGAGAUGUUCCAUCUUGGAAUGCUGUUAUUGCCGGAUGUACCCAAAACGGGUUGUUUUCGGAGGCUAUUUCCCUCUUUAGAAAGAUGAUGCUUCUUGCUCAAGCGACACAACAUCGACACAUCAGGCCUAAUCAAGUUACAGUUGUUUGUGUUCUCUCUGCUUGUGCAAACACUGGCAUGCUUCAGCUUGGGAAAUGCAUUCAUGGAUACGUGUAUAGAAACAGCCUUGCUUCUGACUCGUUUAUGUCCAAUGCUCUGGUGGAUAUGUAUGGGAAGUGUGGAAGCUUAAGAGAGGCCAGAAGGGUUUUUGACAUGACUUUGAAGAAAAGCUUGACCUCUUGGAAUUCCAUGAUAAACUGUUUUGCUCUCCAUGGACAUGGCAGGAGUGCGAUAUGCAUAUUUGAGGAGAUGAUGCAACAUGGAGAGGAUGUUAGACCAGAUGAGGUUACCUUUGUUGGUUUGCUAAAUGCUUGUACCCAUGGAGGGCUGGUUGAAAAAGGACGUUAUUAUUUCCUUAUGAUGACUCAGAAUUAUGGGAUUGAACCUCAGAUCGAACAUUAUGGGUGCUUGAUAGAUAUUCUUGGUCGGGCAGGAAAGUUUGAAGAAGCGUUGGAAGUUGUGAGGGGAAUGAAGAUCGAACCCGAUGAAGUUGUUUGGGGUUCUCUGCUUAAUGGAUGUAAAGUACAUGGUCAUACAGAUUUGGCCGAAUUUGCUGUUAAAAAGCUUAUUGAAAUUGACCCAAAAAAUGGAGGCUAUGGUAUAAUGUUAGCAAAUUUAUAUGGCGAGCUCGGGAAGUGGGAUGAGUCUCGCAAGGUAAGAAAAAUGUUAAAGGAACAUAGUGCUUACAAGACACCAGGUUGCAGUUGGAUUGAGGUUGACAAUGAAGUUAAUCAGUUCUACUCUGCUGACAAAACACAUCCUAGAUCAGAGGAGAUAUACAAGUUAUUGGGAGCUUUGUGGGGUUUGAGCUUGAGGUUCUGGUAUUCUCCAUUUAUUGACUGCAAUACAUAAAUAUAGAUGAGUUUUCAAAUAUUUAUUCUUAAUCAGAAACUCAAAUUGCCUGUGCUGUCACUACUCUUCGAAGAAGAAAACACACAUGAAGAAUGUGGCGCAUCAUUUUGUUGUUGCAGUUGUGUUUCAGAGCUAUGUUUGUUACUUCCAAAUACAGAACUCCACUGUGUGUUUGGACUGCCUUCAACACUCAAUUUCUGCUUAUCAUAGAAGGCAAGUUUAUCUUUUACAUUCCGGGUAAAUUGUGAAUAACAAAAGAGUGGCCAGAGGCAUAGUUACUUUUGGUGGAUAAGGAUACCCAGAUGACACUGACAGUCUGACACUUUAAAUUAAAUUUUGAUAAAUAGGUGAACCUUCACCUAAACAUGUAAAUGAAUCAGAUGUUAAUAUCCAUGUCCAGCUACCGUGGUCAUAGACGAGGUUGGCAGACCACUUUUGUGAUUUGAGCAUGGUGCUCAUUUUCUAUGAGAAUAUUAAAGCUGGUUCCAUUUUUUUAUUAGGUCUGAAAAGGAUAAUAUUCGGUACCUCAGGUUGGCAGCUUAUGAAAGGCAUCAAGUCUCAAUCAUGAAAGCUUACUUGUUAUCAGUGUUUUUCACCUAAAAUGUCUAAGUUCUUAAUUGAAUUAAUUUACUAUUUAUUUUAUCAUUUCAUUUGUUUUCUGUAGUAUAUUUAUUGUCAUAUCAUCAUUGAUUUCAAAGUAAAUAUUUUAUUUGAUUCAUGCGAUGCUUCUGAG